AUUUUCAGGCUUUUGAAGGCCAUAACCCACUCACCACUUUUUGAGGCCCUUGUUCAAAUAUAUCACUCGCACUUAAUUUACCCUGAGCAAGAGUAAUGAAACUUUGAAGAACUCAGAAAGUGAAAAAAGAAAAUGAACUGAAACCAAAAGCAAAUCACACACACAAGAUGAUGAAUUGAAAAUAACAGUAAGCAACGUUUUCUCUUUCGCGGGUUUAUCGUUUUCGUAAUUAGGGUUUUUCAUUUAUUCUUUAUUUCCCAAAUUAUUUUCAGAUCCCAAAAUCGUUUCUUUACUACAAAACAAUGAACAAUAACAAUAAUCCACCCAAGAUUCCGGCGACGGCGCAACCGUCGUUUUUAGGCAGUUCAUCAAUCGCCGUUAACCCACCACAACCAAUUCAUCUUCUCACUCAGUCUCAUCCCCAAACUCAAGGUUCUUCUUCAACAUUCCCCGGUCACUUUCAGCUAUCACAACCUCAACCCCAUGUCAUUGCACAACAACAACCACAAUUUCCAAACCCUCGUUCUCACCCUCAAACCCAACUACAACAACAGCAGCAGAAGCAGCAACAAUCUGUUAGCCAAAUGCAUAUUAACAAUAACACUAAUGUGGCUUCUCCUGCAACUGCGGCGACAACUACUACUGCUGCUGCUACAACUACUACAUCUGCAAAGCGUGCACAUCAGAAGUCGAGUUCGCGUCCACAAGGUUCACCGAGUGGUAAUCAAACAUCUGCUUUUAAGACUAUGGAGUUAACUCCUGCUCCUUUAAGGAAAAAGAGGAAUUUACAGGAGAAUUUAAUACCGGAAAAAGUGGCUAAGCUUGUGCCCGAGUCUGCGAUUUAUACUCGGUUACUUGAACUUGAGGCUCAGAUAGAUGCUGUUUUAAAUAGGAAAAAGAUUGAUGUGCAGGAGGCUGUUAAGAAUCCUCAUUCCGUUAGGAAAACUCUCCGUGUUUAUGUGUAUAAUACAUUUUCAAAUCAGACAAAAUUGGAUUCUGGGAAGGUUGGUGGUGUGGAGGAGCCUUCUUGGUCGCUUAGGCUAACGGGAAGGAUAUUGGAAGAAGUUGGUAAGGAUUCUGUUGUGGGAGGGGUUUCGAAAAAGGAAAGUUUGUACCCAAAGUUUUCGGCUUUCUUUAAGAAAAUUACGGUGUACUUGGAUCAGGGAUUCUACCCGGAUAAUCAUGUUAUGGUAUGGGAUAGUGCUCGUUCGUCUGUACAACAGGAUGGUUUUGAGGUGAAGAGGAAAGGAGACAAAGAAUUUACUGCAGUUAUUAGGUUAACAAUGAAUUACUCGCCUGAGAAGUUUAUGGUUUCAACACCGUUGGCUAAAGUUUUAGGGAUUGAGUUUGAUACCCGUCCUAGGAUAAUGGCAGCUCUAUGGAACUAUGUGAAAUUCAGGAAGCUACAGAGCCCGAAUGACCCUUCGUUCUUCAUGUGUGAUGCUUCUCUCCAAAAAGUGUUUGGGGAAGAAAAAAUGAAAUUUUCAUUGGCUUCACAGAAGAUAUCACAGCAUUUGUCACAACCACAGCCUAUACACCUGGAGCAUAAAAUCAAGCUUUCUGGAAAUUGUCCUGCUGGAACUGCGUGUUAUGAUGUGCAGGUUGAUGUGCCUCUUCCACUACAGAAAGAUAUGUCGGCAUUCUUAACAAGUAUGGAGAGUCACAAAGAAAUUGAUGCUUUUGAUGAAGUGAUUUGUACGUCCGUAAAGAAGAUCCAUGAGCAUCUUAGGAGACGAGCUUUCCUUCUUGGCUUUAGUCAGUCUCCAGCAGAGUUUAUUAAUGCCUUGAUAGUUUCUCAGGGUAAGGAUUUAAAGCUUGUUGCCGGAGAUGCCAGCCAUAAUGCCGAAAAGGAACAGCGUUCUGAAUUCUACAAUCAACCAUGGGUUGAGGAUGCUGUCAUUCGCUAUCUGAACCGGAAAAGUGCUCGAACUGAUGCUCCUUGAUUUGAAGCAUUUGAUGGAAAAUUGGGAAAUAGUUGUUUUCUGUGGUGGCAGGGGAGAUGAUUAAUUUCCUUUCAUCAAUUGGUCUUAUUCCAGCCUUGCUAAAUUUUCUAUUCCAUCCUUCAUUUUUGGAAUUGAGUACUGAGCAUAUUGACUCAAGUAGUUUCUGAUCAUUCCUGGCUCGCUUCUGGAGUCCCUCAACCAUAUUUGUAUCUAUUGAUUCUCAUUAACUGAUAUCUCCUCUUUGACAAUGGUAAAAUGAGCCAAGAACAGUUAGCUAGUUUCUUGCGUAGCAUCAAUUACAACCUUUGUAUUGGUAUAUUGAAUGUUAUGGGUAGUGGUAUAUUGAAUGUUUUGGUUAAAACUUAGAACUA